GUGUAUAUUAAACCGAAUUGAAUUAGAGAAGAAGUUUUGAGGGAAUUGCUUGUCCCUAGAUAAUCGAGAUGUUUGGUAGACUUCUAAUUCUUGGAAUUCUAUUCCAUCUUGUUUACGUGAAAUCCAUCUUCGACAUCUACUUUGUGACACCUUUGGCUCAUGGAAUGGGUCAAUAUGCAGCUGGAGAACCACCGGCGAACCGUCUUUUUCUGAUUGUUGGUGAUGGAUUACGUCCAGACAAACUUUUUCAACCUCACCCUGAAAGCAUCGUUGGAAAGGGUCAAAAGUAUGCUGCACCAUUCUUAAGGUCCGUAGUUUUAAAUAAUGGUACAUUCGGAAUAUCGCAUACAAGAGUUCCAACAGAGUCUCGCCCUGGUCAUGUUGCGUUGAUUGCUGGGUUUUAUGAGGACGUAUCUGCCGUUACCAAGGGUUGGAAGACGAAUCCUGUAAACUUUGAUUCUGUCUUCAAUCAGAGCCGUCAUACGUUUUCCUUUGGUUCUGAAGAUAUUCUUCCUAUGUUUUCUGAAGGUGCAUCGGAUCCUGCACGAGUAGACACCUUUAUGUAUGGUCCUGAACUCGAGGAUUUUUCCGGUAGCGGAAUUGUGACAGAUGAGUGGGUAUUCGAUAGAGUUGACCAGCUCUUCGAGGAAUCUUACACUAAUCGUAAGCUAUGGGAUUUACUCCAUCAAGAUAAAAUCGUUUUCUUUUUGCAUCUUUUGGGAAUCGAUACCAUUGGGCACAAUAAGCAUCCUGAUUCAAUUGACUACAUGCAAAAUAUCCAAUACAUUGAUCAAGGAAUAAAGGAGCUUGUUGAAAAAGUCAAUCGCUAUUACGAGAACGACGAUGCAUCUGCUUGGGUUUUCACAGCCGACCAUGGAAUGAGUGACUAUGGAAGCCAUGGAGAUGGUGCUCCAGAGAAUACCCGGACACCGAUUGUUGCAUGGGGUGCUGGUCUUAAUGAACCUGCUUAUGAGAAAGGUGUAGGACAUGAUGAAUUCUCUGUCCCUUGGGAUUUGUCAAGUGUAAAGCGGGUAGAUAUUCGGCAAGCUGAUGUUGCUGCACUCAUGUCGUACUUAGUUGGUGUCAAUUUUCCUGUGAAUUCUGUCGGUCAGAUCCCUUUAGAUUUUCUUAAUUGUACUACGAAGAGAAAAGCUGAAAUUUCUUUAUUGAACGCUUUAGCGAUUGGUGAACAGUAUAACCGUAAAGCUUUCCUCAAGGCUAAGAAUAGUUUUCAUUUCCGACCCUAUACUCCUCUAAAAGACUAUGCGGCUUCCAAACAACAUAUUAUAAGUCUUGUGGAAACCCACAUACAGCAAGGAAACUUCAAGGAAGGAAUUAUAGCCAGCAUAGAAUUUUCUGAAUGCGCUCUACAGGGCCUGAGAUAUCUUCAACGGUACGAUUGGUUUUUGUUACGAUCAAUAGUACUCCUUGGCUAUCUUUCUUGGAUUACCUACGUGAUAUCCUUUGUUUUUAGCAAUAACACAGAUCCUGAAAUGAAACAGAAAAAUUCUGUAACUGUUUCCAAGAGAGUUGCAUUUAAUUUGCCAUUGCUGAUUCUAUCUUCAUUCUUCUAUUAUCAAUCAAGUCCGUCAUUUUAUUACGCCUAUGCAGCAUUCCCGACGGUCUUCUUGCAAUUAAUAUACGCCGACUUUCCUAAUGUUAAGAUGGGUUAUAGAAAACUUAUAGAAGAUGAGAAGAUAAGCAAUGGAUUUUCUGUAUACAAUAUUGUAUCUAUUGCUUUGUAUAUCUUUGGUUUACUGCAAUUUGUGGUAUACAGUUACUUCCACCGUGAAGGGUUCUCAGUAUUUUUAAUCAUCUUUGCCGCUUGGCCUUGGUUCCUUCAUACUGACUUUGCUUUACUUCAUAAACAUCUGGUUAGCACAUGGUCCUUGUUAAACCUAUCAUUAUGUUCUUUUACAUUAUUACCGGCUACUAAAAAAGAAUCGUUGCCAUUAAUUUUCUUGGGAGGUUUGGCUAUGAUUACUUUAGGUUGUUUAUAUAUUCUCUAUCGAAAACGACAACUUUAUCAGGUGAAUUCAACUGUGAAGAGUUCUCACCUUGCAUCUCAAAUAAUAAUUUUAAUCCUGUCAUUCCUCGUGACAUUGAAGUUGACAGUUUCUCUACAAAAAAAUGUGCCCAUUUCCCCAUGGCUAAGAAUGUUCGCUUUCUUCUUGCUAAUUUCUUCGUAUAUUGUGCCCUUAUUAAAAAUACCCGGAUGUAACCAUUACUAUUUAGAUCGUUUAGCAGUGCUGUUUUUGACAUUGGCUCCAACGAUGUGUAUGUUUUCGAUAUCAUUUGAAUCCUUGUUUUACUUAGCCUUUUUCUUGACUCUCGGGCUAUGGACUCAAUUGGAAGCGAAACUUCAAGAACACGUUAAGCUGAGCAUGGAUAGCAGUGGUAAAAGGCUUAAGUACAAGCUUGGCUUAAGUGUUUCUCACUUUAGAGUGUCUCUGUUUUUUUACAUAUUCUUAAACAUUGCCUUUUUCGGAACUGGCAAUAUAGCAUCGUUAUCCUCAUUUGCCCUUGAUUCAGUCAAGCGGUUGGUUCCCGUCUUUAAUCCAGUGACUCAAGGUGCUCUGUUACUUUAUAUCAUCAUCAUCCCUUUCGUCGCACUGUCUGCCUCCUUUGGGAUCAUGAACAAGAGAUUAGGUGGCAUUCAGCAAAUCACCUUUUUCUUAGCCAUCGGUAUGGCAGAUUUCGUUACUAUUAAUUUUUUCUAUCUUGUGAAAGAUGAAGGAUCCUGGCAAGACAUUGGCAUUAGUAUAAGUCAUUUCUGCAUUAGUAAUUUGUUGAUUUUAUUCAUCAUUAUUUUAGAGCGUGCAGGUGCUAUACUUUCAGCGAAAGUUUCAUAUCAUUGUUAUACAAAAAUCAAAGCUAACUGAUGAAGGACAUGGUUAUUUAUAUUUAUUAUUCAAAGUUGUAAUAAAAUUAUAGAAUUACCCCAAUACGAAAAGAAUGAAAUUUAGUAGGUGA